ACAACAGACGACAGUUGACUUCUCUGUCCACUUCAAAGAGCUUCAUCAGAAUGACUGAGGUUAUUCUUGGAGGAUGGUCAGAGACUGAACCAGCCACUGAGGAGAUUCAGAGGAUCUGUGAUGAGGUGAAAGGCCAAGUGGAGGAAAGAACAAGUACGAAGUAUGGAAUAUUCAGAGCCCUUCAAUACAGGAGCCAAGUCGUGAAAGGAAGAAACUAUGUCAUUAAGAUUCAUGCUGGAGGAUUCACUUAUCUUCAUGUGAUGGUGUUUGAAGCUCUGCCGUGUGAUGGAGGAGAGAAAUCAGUGACUGGUGUGCAACAAGGACACACCAGUCAAGAUCAUCUUAAACCAUUUUGAAUGUGAUCAUCCUCUGUUACUGAUCACUGUCUCCAGGCUACUGCUUCAAUGAUGUUGUUAUCCUGAAAUAAUUAUACACAAUAUUAAUUUCCAGUCUAUUGAAAUAUAUAUAUAUAGUGUGAGAACUUAACAAACAAUAAUGAGUCUGGAUGUUAAUUCAUUCAUUUAGGUGACAUAUUCUACAUAAUCAGAGCUGAAUUUAAUUUCUAACAAAUUUCUCACAUUUGAAUUAUGUGUUAUGUGUUAUUUUAACUUUAAGUUAAUCAACGAUAUCUGAUUAAAGAAGGACACAGUACACAUGAGUAGCUUUAAAGCAAUAGAAUAAUCACAUGUAUCAAAUAACCUGUAUAAUCUGUAUCCUUUGUAUUCUCUGUAAACCUGUAUGUACAAAGUACAAAAAAAU